AAGUGUUUCUGGUUGCCAGGGAUACGCAACGACGAGACCGUUUGUUUGUCGGUAGUGUUGAUGAAAAGAAAAGUGGAAAUGGAUGGCAGUUUAGAUGUCAGGUGGAUACGAGGUUUUACAAACGAGAGCAUCGAGUUUGUCGACAAUAAAACAGUAUGCUACAGAUGUGGGAAUAACAUCUGUUUCCUCAACCUGGAGACCAAACAGCAACAUGUGCUUCAGAGUCCUGGAAGAGGAGUUGGUGCAUUGACAGCCAAUGGCAACAAUGGGACUAUUGCUUUCUCCGAGGAAAAGCUAUCCCCAUCUAUAUUUGUGUACAUUUUCCCCGAGUUACAGUUGAAGAAUGAACUAAAAGGUGGAGCACAACUGGACUACACAUCUCUUACAUUAAGUUCUGGUGGUACUUAUUUGGGCUGUUGUUCAUCUCUGCCAGAUCACACCAUAACAGUGUGGAACUGGGAAAGCGCUGAGCCAAUUUGUACACAACCCCACGCUGGGCAGGAUGUCAUUUCUUUGGUGUUCAACCCUCUGAAUUGGCUCCAGCUCUGUGCUUUGGGCAAUAAGUCUCUCACUGUCUGGAAUAUUGAGAAGAGUGCCAGCUUUUAUGUCCUGAAACCAAGUGUGAUAGAGCUUCCAGCAACAGAUGGUUCCUUUGUUGAGAAAUUGGAAACCUACUCUCAUACGGUCAGCGAUAAAAUGCCCUAUUUCGAUCUUGAGAUGCCUCCAUCAGCCAUCUCCGGGCUCAAGGGAGACAUGGCCGAAAGCAUUGUGACUAAACUCUGCACCAAAGCCAGACUAACUCCGAGUGCCAUCUGCUGGACACCCACAUCCAUGCUUUAUGUGGGCUGUGUGGAAGGCUUUCUGCUCCUUGUUGACCCAGAGAGCCGCUCUGUCUCAGUCGUCCUGAACCCCACAACUGGCGAUUCCAUUCCUGAACUCCGACAGAGCAACUUUCAAGGUUUAACCCUUAACCGGAAUUGUUUGAUCACUGUAGGAAAGGAGAGUGCGGUGCACUGUCUGCAAAUCAAAACAACUCAGAUCAACAUCACACAAACGUGGCAAUUAGAAGGACCUGUCACAACUGUGACGUACUCCCCUGACUAUGAAACAUUACUUUUUUUGUCUAAUACAGGUCAAAUCUAUGUGUUAAACCCAAACCGGUCUGAUAAGAUUGUGAAGCUCCUUGAAGUUCUCAGCGGCAACUUUGUGGCAGCAGCUUUGUCACAUACUGACAAAAACAUCUGCGUGUCGGUGAGGGAUUCUGGAGUACUGCAGCUGUGGUCUGCAGAUGGCGUUUGUCUUGGUUCCCUGUCUCUUCAAGCUGAGGUGACCAGUCUGGCCUGUUGUCCUAUUGCACAAUACGCAGCUGUUGGAACGGCUUCAGGAAAUGUCCUUGUCAUUGACCUGAACGGGGCGGGGCAUCCUCGCCUGGUGCAUCGGGUUCAUCUCUAUCACACGCCAGUGGAUCACCUGGUUUUUGAUCAAGAGGGGCACUACCUUCUCACAGGCGCCUCAGAUUCAUAUAUCUAUGUACUAGACGCAAAGCCAUCAAAGACGUUUUCAAUCAUAGGAUACACAGUUGUUCCCGGACCCAUUUUGUCACUUUCCACUCAGUGCAUCAGGGACAGUAAGCAGGUGAAAGUUCUUGCACUGUGCACUGGACAGGAGCUCACAGUGCUCUCUUUGCCUACCGGGGACCUUUCAGGUCCAGAUUGUGUAGACCGACACGGUUGUCUGUCUACCCAGAUCCUCAAUGUGUCCAGAUACGAAGUGCCUCAUCCACUUCAAUCCUGUGUUCUGGGAGUCGGUGAGGUCUUUGCUUACUGCCAAAAGAGGAAAACUCUUCAGCGAUUUGAGCUUCCCCAGAUCCCUGAUUUGUCUGCCCAGGACACAGACGGUGUCCCCAGUCAACAGGUGGUCCAGCUCAAACCAGAGCAGGAAGUGAGGGGUCACCCUCUGGGCCCCGCCUCUCUCAUUCUGUCUCCUCAUCAGUUAUGGUUGGCUUCUGUGGGGCGAGACGGCCUCCUACUUAUCCGAGAAACUGCUUCCAUGGAGUGGUACGUUGAAGUGCAAUGUCAUUCAUCCCGCCUGGGUGGAGUUCGGAGCGUUUCCUUUUCGGCCGACAGCCAGACACUCCUCACUGCUGGCUUUGAAGAUGGCUCUCUUGUGUGCACUGAUCUCAGAAUGAAAGGUGUGAAUGCUGGUAAGGUGAAUGAAGCUACUCAGUACAGUCAGUCUAUGAAUGAUUUCUUGAAGAACAUAUUCAAUACUGAGAAUCCCGUCCUCAUUGAUUUGCCGGAGUGGGGCCAAGGGUCUCCUGCUGGCUCAGAGAAAAGUGAGGUCAGUGGUGGAGCAGAUACUGUGGAUGUGACCGAGCAGGAUGAGAGUUAUAACAGCCAGCUGUCUGCACCACCUCCCCCCCCCACCUGGCUGGAGAGCAGGCGAGAGGCAAUAAUAAAAGAAGACAAUGAGCAAUAUUCUGAGACUAAGAAAAACCUGAGGAAGACCAUCAAAGAGUUCCGUGACAAUAUCCAAGAGAUGAUGCGCGAAAAUGAGAACCUCCCAGAUAUCGAUCGUCUGGAACAACAAGAGUUCAACCUGAACGUGGAGGAGCAGAAGAGACUGGAGGCCAUGGUGGAGCAGGAAGUCACUCGGGUGAGAAAUGAAGUCGAGUGGGAGAUUUUAUCAAAACGUUACCUCAGUGAUGUCCUCAGAAGAGAAUGCUGGGAUUCCAUGAAGGUCAAAGGCAAGGCCAUUAAGGCCUUUCACUCCGAACAACAGGUGAAGAACUAUCCUCUGAAAGAACGAACGGACAAGGAGGUGGAGGACCUUCACAGGGUUCAGAACAUCAGGAACAUUGAAAAGGCUGCUUGCACCAGCCGGCUGAAGAAAAGUUCCAACACGAGUGUGAAGGAGGAAGAGCAGGAGGAAGGUCACGUCGCAGAGAGCGCGGCUCUAACGGGAAGUUGCUCCGCUCAGUUAGGAUGUUCAAAUCCUUACAUUUACGAUCAGUUCCAUCUGCAAACCGCAGAACAGAGAAUCAAUCAGAUGAUUCUGCUACAGGAUGUGAUUUAUUGCAUCAAGACAGCUUUCAACGCGGACUUUGAGGCUGUGUACAAGCAAAAGGUGCAGGAGCUGCACCGUCUGAAGGACAGGAACAGACACAUCAAGGAGAUCAUGCUGGAGCUGGGCGUGAAGGAGAAGCUGUGGGAGCCCAGCCUGAGCACCAGCGAGCAGCCGGAGAGGCUGCUCACUGUCGACGACUCUGAGAUAAAAGCAGAAAAGUACCUCACCCCAGAACAGAAGGAGGAGGAGGAGAGGAAGAAGUUGGAAGAGCAAAAACAUUUGGCUGCCAAAGGGAAUAACGUCAAAGACAGGGCUCUGGAUGACAUGAUGGAUGGAGUGCUUGAAGUGAAAAAAGAGGACAUCUUGAACAUGGAAAUACCUCCGCCUGAGUUUGUUUUGAGCAAACCUGGCAUUCAGUGGAGCGAGGAGGAGAAAAAAGUCUAUAAAGAGUAUGAAAAGAAAGCCAACGACCUCAGUGAGGAAAAGGAGAAAUACAAAAAGUCAAUGGAAACUGAAAUGAAAAAGCAACACACAUCCACCAAGGAUGCAACCGAAAGGUUUGAUGAAACUUUGACAACGCUGUUUGAGAAGAAAGUGAAAAGUGAAAUGGCUAUUUAUCAGGAAGAGCUCAAGAUUACUUAUCUUGUGCAUUCAAUCCUCGUAGAAGACGAGAUGAGAAAUCGAGAGCUGGAGUUCAAGCUCAAACUUGAAAAGACGUUGGCAUACAAGGAAGAAAUUAGGGAAGAGGUCAAGAGGCAUGAAGAAGAACUCAAAUUGUUUCACGAGUCCUAUGACAGCACUGUAGCUGAAGACAAAGUUCUUGACAAAGAAUUCAGGAAGGAGUUCUGUGAUGUGCGAAGUCAAGUGGUCGAUCACCUUUAUAAGUUAUUUAAGUGUAGACCCAGAGUUCAAAAGAUGAGAACCCAGACCGACCACAGCUCCAACCAGUUUAAAGGGCAGCGUCUGUGCGGCUCUCUGGCUCCCGAUGCACUCGUCAAAAUGCUGAAGGCUAUGGAGGAGCUGGACGCUCUGGAGAAUUCACCAGAAGGCGCUAGCCCACAAAUCUGGGAGAAGUUUUGUCUUGUCCGCAGAGCAAAAGUAGAGAGUGAGCAAAAGGUAAAAGUUAAAGCUUUGACUCUCGCUGAGAUGCACGCGUUCCUUCAGAAGAGGAGAGAUGAGGAUAGCGCAGCUCAACAGGAAAUUAAAAAUCUCUCUGACGGACUUGAAAGUCUGCAUAAGGAGAAGAACCGUUUCCUGACGGACAUUAUGGUCCAGGUCCUGCUCAAACAGGGCCAGGUGGAGGUGUCUACCACAGACCUGACUCCGGACUACACUGACUCUGUUCUUUCCGACAGGAGUGAGGUGGAGAACCUCAACACAACCAUCAGGACACUGGGAGAGCAGAAAAUAGCCUCCAUGGUGCAGUGCAAGGACUUCCGUAAGGGCAUCAUCCAGCUGCUGUGGGAGCACAAGAUGAUGGGGAUGCAGAUAGAGCACCUCAACACCAAGGCGAGGGACAUCCAGAUGUUACGACUCUCUGAGGAGCAACAGGAUUACCUCAACAAGACAGAUCGAGACAAGCGGGUGUUCAAGCAAGCUUCCAUUCUGGAGAAAACCAUAGCUUAUCAGGAAAAGACUCAUCUACAAAGUGUGGAGCAGCGCAUAAAAAAGAUUGAACAGUUGAACAGGCAGGCAGCAGAGAAGGUCGAGAAGAGCGCAACUAUAGAACAGCAGCUGCCUAAUAUGCAGGUGACUCUGGCAGAGAGGACCCACAUCUUUGAAGCAUCAGAUUCAGAGAAAAACCAGGCAGCCAAAACGGAGGAGCGCUACCAGGAAAUCCUUCAGAGGAAGAACUUGGAGGACCUGGCCAGAGCGCAGGGGGAUGAACUGGCUUUCCUCUGGGCCGAAGUUGAGCGUCUGAGGAUGAGGAACUUUCCUUCACUGGAUCAGCUGAAAUACAGCUGAGCGAGGCCUUCUCUUCAACAGAUAACACAGUCUUAUUUACACUCCUCUUACCAAGUAAACUUAGCAUUACAUUUACAAUUCAGCUGUGAAUCUGAAUGGCAUAGCAGCAAAAAUAAAAAAAACACUGAACUCACGAU